GCCCGGAGCUAAGGUGCAUCGAUCCAAGGAUGACAUCAAAUACGAACAGUCGAAACGUGUCAAAAAGGAACGUGAAACCUUUAGAAAGCACCUCGUCGAGAUGAUAGCAGAGGGUGAAAGUCAACCCGUCAUAGAGAGCCGUUUUAAUACGAGGUUACCGCCACUGACUGAGCACGGAGCAGGUGUAGCUCAGAUGGAGAAAGCCAUUCUGCGGUAUUAUUACUAUAUUAACAACGGAAUCGAUACGGACCACGUAGCUCCUAUGGAAGAAUACUGGAUGAACAACAUGAAGAAGCGCAUUCGUGCCUCCGUUAAGGCCGAAGCAAAUCAUAAGUUGAUGGAGCAGAUUGAAGACGAAAUACGGGAAGACUACAUCCUGAGUGUCAAAAAGGCUAUUGUGGACUUUGUGCUGAAGGAUCCCAACGAAAGUGCAGGAGGCGUUUCUACGUCAAAGUCAAAUGCCGAGGACGAGGCUGAUUUCAUGCCGGCCCAUCGCAUAGAAUUGACCAUAGUGCCCAAACCGUGGCACAACUCAUUUCUCGCCGCCCUGCGUUUCAGCCAGAAGCAUUUACACGCAAUUAACAGUUGCAUGGCUCAAGUCCUGGAUCUAUGGUUCUCGCAGUUUAACUCGUUGCGACUGGUUGACAGCAAGGAAUUCUUUCGAAAGGGGAGUGCGCUUGAGUUAUCCAGUUUUCAACACACCUGCGUGAAGAGCAUCGAAUCUGCCAAGGAGACUCUCCUGAAAAAAUGGAUGAAUGAGGUGCAGAAUAUAUUCUACCAGGGCAACAAAAAGAAUCUCAUUCCUCCAAAUAAGGACGAGGCCAAGCUCGAGGCAUUUUACCGGUGCGCCUCUGUGCUGAUGACGAAGAACCUCCAGCUGCUGGGGCUCAAUUCCAUGCAGGACUACACUGACAUGGGUCAGAGGUAUAUGGUCCUCAGUAAUUUUGUUCGACAGCUGGCCGCCGUAAAUAGUAUGAAAAUCUACAAGGAAAUCUCAGAUUCCAAAGAACCCUCCUUCAAAGUACUUUCAGAUAUUCUACCAUCUGACUAUCUCUAA